AUGAAUGAAAGUAUAACCCAAUACCUAAAACUUGGAUUAUGUAGUAGACAAGAUGCAUAUAAUAUUUUGAGUCAAAUUUUAAAUAAUAAAAAUUGGGAAGUUAAACAUUAUUCACAAGGACAACAAAUUGCUGUAAUAUUAGUUACUUCACAAGCUAUUAGCAUAGAUAAGUUAGAGUCUAAUAGCUCUGCUAAAAAUUAUAAAAAAGAUAAUCAAAAACAGUAUUAUAAAAAAUUACUAAAUUUAAAUUGGCAAUUCAAUGGAUAUGUUGACAAAUUGAAGAUGUGA